AUGGUCGCAACCCCCGAGCACCAACGUGACUAUGUGUGCACUUCACCUAGUGUGGCGGAACGCUUACGUCAAGCGGCCGAUCAAUCGCUGGCAACGUGGAUCAUUGGCCGCAUGCCUAAGUCUCCUGAGGAGGUGGCGAGCGGCCAGGCACUUCGCAAGAGGUACCUGGAGCCUCACCUAACGACCCAAGAUCAAUACAAGACACGCCUUGACAUGCAAGCCCAUGGUACACCGGUCCCACCGAUCAAGGGUAUACCUAUUCUUUUGUCUGCAGGCGAAACAGAGAGCGAAGAAGACAAUGCCUUUGUCCGCUGA